AUGAUGAUGACGUGCCGUCUGCUGUGCGCCCUGUUGGUGCUUGCCCUGUGCUUCUGCCCGUCCGUGUGCGCGACAGCGAGUAGUCAGGAUUCAGGUGGGGACGGCCCCACUUCUUCGGUUACUCAGUCACAGGGAACAGGUGUUUCAGGGGUAACAAAUACUUCCACGACGUCAAGUUCAGCAGCUGCGGCCGUUGCGUCAUCGGGAAAAAGUGGAAAGUCCGAUGCGCAAGGGGCUCCAGGUGCGGAAGAAGCUCUGCCAGAAAAUCCAAGUGGGGCGACCGCUCUGGCAGGAAGUCCAGGUUCAACAAGUCCGGCGCCUAUUAAAAAAGAGAGUUCAGGUGGAUCCGGCAGUUCAGGGGGUCCAGUUCCGGUGGCCGAUACGGUACAGAAAAAUGGCGAAAACGAUGCGAGAGGCUCAAAAAGUGGCAAUAAUCCAUCCACACACCAUGCGAAUACGAAUGCCGACGAUUCGGCCAAGAAGACCACGGCGGCUACUACCACUACUACGACAACCACGACGACCACCACUACAACACAGCCACCAACCACGACGACCACCACUGCACCAGAGGCACCAACCACUACGACUACAGAGGCGCCAGCUGUGUCGACCACCAGCGUACCGUCGCGUCUUCGCGAAAUCGACGGCAGCCUCAGCAGCUCUGCGUGGGUGUGUGCCCCGCUGGUGCUCGCCGCAUCAGCGCUGGCGUACACCGCUCUGGACUGA